AUGUCGAAGAAAGGAGGCAAAAAGGCCGCGGCAGGAGGCGGCGAGCUGUCCCUCUUCCUGCAGCCGCACCUCCAGACCAUCACGGACACCCUCCAGAUGAUGUCGGAGGCGGCUGCCGGGGGACUGGAGCGGACGGAGUGGUCGGAGGUCGUCGCGCUCGGCGAUGUGGUGUCCAGGCAGGCCACCGUCGCUGGGAUGGUCUGGAGCGGAGACUUGCCUGGUGUGGAGACGCUCAAGGAGAACAUUGCUGCGUAUUUCAACGUCCUGCAGGGUUUCCUUUUGGCUUGCCAUGGAAGCACGGUUGGUGCCGGUCCUACGCUUCACAAGUAUAUCACUAGUUCUGCAAAGGGCGUGGUGGAUGCCAGCUUCUCGUUGUUCAAGCUAGCCGUUUCUGCCUAUGAAUCUGGCAGUCCUGACCGGAAAACAAUCAUACCUCCAGUGACAGGAACUGUAUGGGAAGCUUGUCUUGCUCUUAAGAAGGUGCCUGCAACCAACUGUAUCGCCAUAGGGCGAGCUAUGACGCAGAUAUGUGUAUGUCUGAAGGAUAUCCUGCGUGAGAUGAAAGAACUCCCAGUUGGUGAUUCUGAUGAUACCAAAGCUGGAAAAUCUUCCAAUGGAGAUGUCGCCAUGAGCUUUUCAGAUAAGGAUGAAUCGUUCUCUGAUCUUGAGGAAGAUGAAGGCUUCACUGCGGAGGAGAUAGCCAUCUCCAAGUUGAUUAUUGCUGUUACAGCAGAUUCGCUUGAUGCGGUGAAAGAAACAAUCCGUUUCAUCACAAGUUUGCUCAAGAGCUCUGGCAACCAAAGGGGUGCUGCUGAGGACAAGGUGGAGUCCAUGGAGAAUUUGCUGAGCCACUGCAGGGACGUUGCUGACCAGGUUAAUGAGCUUGGGGCCUCCGUGUAUGCACAAGACCCGUCUGAAAUGAAGUCCGCCAUAAAAAGACUGAACGUUAGCAUCACAGGGAUGUGCCAGGAAAUGGCGGGCCUCGGUGGCUCGCCCAAGAACGCCUAUGCAGCCUUCAGUGGAUUUCAGAAGUCGUUGAAAGCUCUUGAGGAAGAGAUAGGUGAGGAUGUCGUUGACGAAAUGAAAAAUCUUACCAUCAGCCCGUCCUGA